AAUCCCUCACAAUAAUGAUCCUAUUGCAUCAGUAUCUGUGCGUGCGCUGUUAAGCCAAGAACAAGAAAAAGAAUUUUAGCAACAAAAAAAAAAAGCUUCAUCACCGAUUGGGUUAUAUCAAUAUUCUUCUUCGUAUUUGCCUCUUAUAGCCUCUUUUCUUCGCACUCUCACUAUCGUCUUCGUCGUGCAGCGCCAAACAAGGUUUAUUAUACUUUGUGGCGGUUACACAUGUUCGUUUUACGUUGAUUCAAUUUCGGUGAAAUUUUGAUUCAAGAAGCUAUGCAAAAGGAUACUACUAGUAGUAGUUCUCCGUCAACUAACACUGGACGGGUUAGGCACCGGAAACGCUCUAAUGAGGUUAUUCCAGAAGUUAGUAAAUCAAACGGUGCUCAGUUACUUGUUAAUGACAAAAGCAAAUACAAGUCCAUGUUAAUUCGUGCAUAUUCAUCUGUUUGGAUGAUUGGGAGCUUUGUGUUGAUCAUCUAUAUGGGUCACCUCUACAUUACUGCAAUGAUUGUGGUCAUUCAAAUCUUCAUGGCAAGAGAACUUUUCAAUCUACUCCGCCGAGCUCAUGAAGAUAAGCAGCUUCCAGGAUUUAGGCUAUUAAAUUGGCAUUUUUUCUUCACUGCAAUGCUAUUUGUUUAUGGACGUAUUCUGAGUCAGCGCCUGGUUAACACAGUAAAUUCCGACAAGGUUUUAUAUCGGCUUGUGAGCAGUCUUAUAAAGUAUCAUAUGGUUGUCUGCUAUUCCCUGUACAUUACAGGAUUCAUAUGGUUUAUUCUCACAUUGAAGAAGAAGAUGUACAAGUAUCAAUUUGGCCAGUAUGCUUGGACACACAUGAUUCUGAUUGUUGUAUUUGGGCAGUCCUCUUUCACCGUGCCAAGCAUUUUUGAAGGGAUUUUCUGGUUUCUUCUUCCAGCAACACUUAUUGUCAUUAAUGACAUUGCUGCUUAUUUCUUUGGUUUCUUCUUUGGAAAAACCCCUUUGAUUAAGUUGUCGCCAAAGAAAACCUGGGAGGGUUUUAUUGGGGCAUCUGUUACAACCAUCAUAUCUGCAUUCAUGCUUGCCAACAUCAUGGGUCGUUCUCCGUGGUUUACAUGUCCAAGGAAGGAUCUAUCAACUGGUUGGCUUGACUGUGAUCCUGGUCUACUGUUUAAGCCAGAAUCUUACUCGUUGUUAGGAUGGACUCCUCAAUGGUUUCCUUGGAAAGAAAUAUCAAUCCUACCAGUUCAAUGGCAUGCUUUAUGUCUUGGUUUGUUUGCUUCAAUUAUUGCACCUUUCGGAGGCUUCUUUGCAAGUGGUUUCAAAAGGGCUUUUAAAAUAAAGGAUUUUGGUGAUAGUAUUCCAGGACAUGGUGGAAUUACCGACAGAAUGGACUGCCAGAUGGUUAUGGCUGUGUUUGCGUAUAUAUAUCAUCAGUCCUUUGUUGUGCCGCAAAGUUUAUCGGUUGAAAUGCUUUUGGACCAGAUAUUGAUGAACCUAUCAUUCGAUGAACAAGAAGCUCUGUAUAGGAGGCUUGGGGAAAUGUUGCAACAAGGAAUUGAAAGGAUGUCUUAGAUCCAUUACGAGGUGUAUUUGUCCUUUCUCCUUCUAUUUGAUUCCUUCAUUUCCCAGGGAAAUGGAAAAAGAUACUAUUAAAUGCGCAUUCUAUCUUUCGAGUGAAACGAAACAAAAGAUUCAGGAACCUGUCAAGAUGUGUAUAGUGUGUACUUUGACAGUUAAAACAUCCCCUUCUGUUUCUCUCAUUAAUGUUAUUGAAUAUUCUAUUGAUUGAUUUACUUUAACAGCCAUUAACUCACUGAAUAUCUUGGAAUAUUCAAAUAGCCAAUGGCAGCCUAAGAGGAACGCCUGUAUUGUUACUCAGUUCCUUGAGGGGAGUGUUAACAUUUUUAAAUUAACUGUAAUUUGAAUGACUGUUGGAUAGUUGAUUCCAUUGCGAUAAACAAUAAAUCUUGUUCUACACUAA